GGGUAAUAGAACAAGGAAUUUAUUGCGAUAUACAAGGGAUCCUCAUAAAUUUAGGAGACGUUUCCUCGGGAUUUUGGGCAAUUGUUUCGUUAUCCAACUUACUACUUACUACCGAUAACGGUAAAAGGUUUUAUGGUAACGCGGACGAUAGUUGGUGUUGGAUUGAUAAAAAUAAAGAUUUUCAAGAAUAUCGAAACUGGUUUUCAUUAUGGUAUUGCUGCGGCCAUGAGCAUCAUCUACGCCAUCAUAAGGGUUUUACAGAGAGUGAAUUGAAUAUGAAAGCUUGUUUGGUACCAGUCGUCUAUAUCAUACUCGUAUUUCCGUUAGCCCUUC